GAGCACACCGACUGUACAUUGAGGGAGGGAUGGACGCCGAACCAGAGGACCACUGGGGUUUGUUGGCCGGUGGAGGUCGAAGCUGAAGGCGUGAAGUACCCACAGUGAAGAGGAGAGGAAGGAUGGUACCAUUCAAUUUCGAUUAAUUCCGGCUGAAGCGGCUGUCUUUACUCGGGUGGAGGGGUACAGUAGUCUGCCGGCUGGCAGUAUAAUCCGCUUGCGGGGAGGAGCAGGGAAAGCCCUUUUCAGACUGACAGACAGGGAGGGAGAGUUUAAAGUCGUAGAGGACCACAGAGGAUUGUUUAGUCAUAUUUAGAUCAUUUCUCCUGCUGACUGACAGACACUGAAGAUUCAAGCUGCUGGACUUCAACCUCACAUCAUGAGUGGACCGACAAAUGUUCAUUACCAUUCAGGGCUCUACGGAGGAAACAACAACAGCAGCUCUCCUCUCUCCAGCCGGGGAAAUUCCCCCAUUGUGUGCGAACGUUGUGGGGAGGUUUGUCGUGGGGAGGUGGUGCGCGUCAAAAACACGCACUUCCAUGUCCAAUGUUUCACUUGUCAAGUGUGUGGCUGUGAUCUGGUGCACUCAGGCUUCUUUCACCACUCUGGUGAGUACAUCUGCACAGAAGACUACCAGCGGCUCUAUGGGACACAGUGUGACAGCUGUGAGCAGUACAUUACUGGAGAGGUGGUUUCUGCGCUGGGGAGGACGUACCACCGACACUGCUUCGUCUGCAGCAUCUGCAGGAGUCCGUUCCCUAUCGGAGACAGGGUGACCUUCUGUGGGAAGAAGUGUGUGUGUCAGCAGUGCUCACACACACUGAACAGCGACAAGCCCGUCAAGGUCCAUGGACCAAGCUACUGUGCUGGCUGUGGUGAGGAGAUCAAACAGGGUCAGUCUCUGCUGGCUCUGGAGCGACAGUGGCAUGUCAGCUGUUUUAAAUGUCGAACAUGCGGCUCUGCGCUCACUGGAGAGUACAUCAGCAAGGACGGGAUCCCGUACUGUGAAACAGACUACCACUCUCAGUUUGGGAUCAGGUGUGACAGCUGCAACAGGUACAUCAGCGGCAGAGUACUGGAGGCUGGAGGGAAGCGUUACCACCCCAGCUGUGCCACAUGUGCCCGCUGCCACAUGAUGUUUCUUGAAGGAGAGGAAAUGUACCUUACAGGUUCAGAGGUUUGGCACCCCAUGUGUAAAGAAGCAGCUCGGCUGGAGAGAAAACUGAGGUUGAGACGAACCUCAGAUACAGCAUCCAUUUCUCCUCCUAACUCCUCUCCUCUGCUCGGCUCCCCUCACAGAAUCAUCUGUUCUAAAGCUGAUAGUGAUAUGUUGAACUAUAAGCAGCUGGCGGCUCUGCCCAGGGUCAAAGCCAUAUAUGACAUCCAGCAGCCAGACAUCAUCCCUUAUCAGGCUGACCACGCGCACACUCACUUCUCAGACGAUACUCUGGAGCGUUACAGCUGUGGACAGUCACUAGGCUCCUUGUCACCAUACUCUCAUGAUCUUUUGGAUGGCGUUGAGUUAAGAACGAGGCGUUCCUCCAGCUCCGCCUUCACUGACUCUCCUGCACACAGUCGCCAUGGAGGCUCCCCACUGCAUUGUUAUCUACCCGGCAAUGAGAGUGGCAGGAGUUCACCCUUUUACACUCAGCCAGAGCCCAGGUGUGCCACACCCACGUACACCUCCUCCCUACAAGCCCCAAAGCAUUUCCAUGUUCCAGCCUCUGAGGAAACCAACAUCUACAGAAAAGCCCCCAUCUAUAAGAGACAAGACUUAUCCACCUCUCCGACAGUCAAUAAGAGUAAAACCAAUGAGAACCUCCUCAAUUCAAGCCGGCUUUCCACAUCCAACUGCAAUAACAUUUAUCACCCAGACUCCAACUACUACCCAUAUACUGGCUCUCCAAAAGUCCCAAGGGUGAGGAGGUUUUCGUCUGGAGGAGAGGAGGAUGGAUGGAAUCAUAACAUAAACAAGGGAAUUGGUAGGAUGAUCCUAAAGGAAGAGAUGAAGGCGCGGUCAGGUUGCUACGACAAUGACCUGUGGGGGAGUGGACGCAGUUCCCGCUGUAGCAGCAAGGAGGCGCUGAACAAUCUGGGAUUCACAUCCCUCAACGGCUCUCCCAGGUCGCUCCACAGUGCAGACAGCAACUCGUACAUUGCCAAAUCAUCCUCGUUGCCAGGCUAUGGCAGAAAUGGAAUAAACAGGCCUGGGAGUGUGGGUACAGAUUAUUACCAGUAUGACAGCAACAAUGCAGUUAAUUGGCAGAUCAGAGAAUACAAGAUCUACCCCUAUGAAGCCCUAGUGGUGUCAGUCAGAAAGCAGCAGCGUCUCCCAGGUGAUGUCGACCGAGCCAGACUGGAGCGUCACCUCUCACCUGAGGAGUUCUACCGAGUCUUUGGCAUGUCCAUGUCUGCCUUUGAUCAUCUCGCUCAGUGGAAGAAGAACGAACUGAAGAAACAGGUCCGACUCUUCUGAGAAACUUAAGUCACAAGAGGUGUCUAACUCAGUGCAGCUCCGCCUCCUGCCUCCAGAAAAGCCAGGCGACCCAUGAUUGACUUUCUCUCUCUGAUGGAGAGGAACUGGCUUUUGUAAAAGUCUUUACUCCUUUGGGUUCAAAAUGGCAAAUUGUUGGCAUCCUGAUCUCAGUGUGAUUCAACUCAUGUGCACUCUGACUUCUUAAGCAAUACGUACAGAGUAACCCAACAGACCUAAAGGGAGAGAGACUAAAUUAAGAGGAAGAGGAACUGGGAGGGGAUCAGAAGACUUGGUGAGAGGGCAGAUGAGCAUCACUGGAGCUGGAGCAGACUAAAGGAUCAUGAGCAGAGGGAUUAGUUGGCUGAUUCUCUGUCUUCAACCAGCAGAUGGCAGUAUAUUUGCAGGGGAAUCGGCAGGGCAGGUGGAGUUAAAGCUGAAGCGCUUGAUAGCAGAUUGAAGGUCUGCUGCCAUGAGUCAAACAUCAAUUCAUGCUGAAGGUGACAGAGACUAUUUUGGAAAGAGAUUUAGCUGCCUGAAAGACAGACUGACAUGUUGCUGAUGGUAAAAGGAGUCCAGUUUUGUCUCACAAACACAAGCUAGGUGGACAAGAGUAUGAUGAUCCUUGACAUUAGGGUUUUGGUCAUGGCACAUGUGGUGUUUUGUAAUGUAUUGAUAAAGAUAUCCAAAGCUUUUCUUCUUUUUAUAAUACAGGCAUGUGUAGAAUUUUGAUGUCAGUUUUUUUUCUGAAGCCAUAUCACUGUUUAGAGUUUUUGUUUGUAAAUCAUGAGCAGAGGCUAAUUUCACUGACAUGGUCUUUAAAAUGCAAUGUGACAUUGUUCUGAGCUGAGGUAUGUUUGUUAAGUCUAAAAAUCAGUUUUUAUUGCUAUUCACAAUUUAAGAUAUUUAUGUUGCCCUUGUUUAUUUAAAGAACUUAGAGUUACAUCAACUUGCAGCUGCACCCACGAAGUGCUGGAUUAAGCUUUAUCCAGACUCAUAUAUCUGUGUGUGCACAUGCACACGUGCAUGUGUGUGAUUACAGCAGAUUAAUGAGAAAGAAUAUUCAGAACCUCUCAGAGUAAAGGUGAUACCAUGAAGUUAUAAUAGUUACCAGGAAGCUGGGAAGGAGAGAAAAUGAUGGAGAAAAGAAGGAAAGUAAGAGAGUGAGAUUCAAAAAGAACUCUAUGAGACUAUUUAAUGAAGGGUUGACUUGUGACUUAAAUAGUGUGAAACAUGUUGGAAGAAACGGUUUAAGUCUGAGCUUAAUGGUUUAAAACUAACUCAUCUGUUUCUGGAUAUAAUAGGUGCAUUACUGUGUCCUGCUGCUUAAAGAACUGAAACC